AUGGUGUCGCCUAGGGGGCAGUCUCAAGAAGGUCGUCUAGGGACAAGCCGGCCUCCUCAGCAGGAAAUGACAAAGCAACUGUCUAACGGAAAGCAGCUAGCAGUUAGUGAAUCAAGACGAAAGAUGGACUGGAAGUUGGUGGUCGGUCCAGGAGAUAACAUUCCUCCUAGUGGUCACAAGAUGGAGACGGAUGCUGAGGAGUACUUGGAAGCCAAGAAGGCAGAUGCUCUUCGGCGUUCGGCUCAGGAUUCAAAUGCAAUAAGAACAUUUGAACCGGAGAGAUUUGAAAGAAGAGCAGGACCAUUUCCUUACAAAGAUAACAUACCUGAUAUCAUCAUCCCUUUUAUAGUUGGGUGGAAUGACGUCUUGGGUGAUGGAAACUGCGGAUUCAGGUGUGUUGCUAAUGCUUUUAAUGGUGGGGAAGAUCGUUGGCCACACGCUCGUCAAAACCUUUACAACGAGAUUUCUAUGAGACAAGUGUAUGAGUUUGUUUAUGGAGGACGAGAGUACGUCGACUUAGCGAGAAUCCGUAUCAGGCACACCCAAGGUCCUACUCGUCGUGAUCAUUGGAUGGAGUCUGUUGCUGAUUUGUAUGUUGUUGCUACAUUGUACAAUUGCGUUGUGAUGUACUUUACAGUGGCGGAAUCAGGUAGUUUGUGGGGUUGCUGCACUAUUCUACCAUUGAUUGCAACAUACAUGGUGACACGACCAUGUUAUGAGUUUGUUAUAGUACACCUUGGAGCACGUAAUCAACACUACAUCCGCUUAUUCUUGGCUCCUAAUUUCCCGGUCCCUCCAAUUGCGCUACAAUGGUUUGCUUUGAGAGAUGAUAGUGUAGUUGGAUGGGAGAACGAUUAUGCUACACGGAUUGCUUUAUGGAAUGUUCAUUAUGAUGAUUAA